AUGUCGUCUAAUGAACUUGAUGCGGCGACACAAGCACGAUACGAGAAAGAGCGAAACAAACGAUUGCGAGCCGAUGGCAGCGCUCAAUUCAUCGCCCUUCAUGAAUCGAAAGAACUUUCACAUCUGAAUGACGACAUCUGGGCCGAUCAUGCGGCUCUCAAUGCAUCUGAGCCGGCCAUAACGGAUGGUGGCAAAUACGAAGUUGUCAUCCUGGGUGCAGGGUAUGGCGGGCUAAUUUUCGCUGCACGACUCAUCCAAGCAGGUGUUGCCGCCGAAGACAUUCGACUCAUAGAUGUUGCCGGCGGGUUCGGAGGAACAUGGUAUUGGAACCGAUAUCCUGGCCUCAUGUGUGAUGUAGAGAGUUACAUGUACAUGCCGCUUCUUGAGGAGACCGGAUACAUGCCAAAGCACAAGUAUGCGUACGGCCCCGAGCUACUGGAACACGCCAAACGUAUCGCCCAACACUUCGGUCUAUCCGACAAAGCGCUGUUCCGGUCUCAGGCCACUGAAGUGCGUUGGGACGACGAAGUGCGCAGUUGGAAAAUCCAGAUCAUUGAGGGUAGAGGACCAAACGAAGCGAGACGCCAACUCAACCUAGAAAAGCUUCGCGAGAAAAGAGUCGGAAUCAUUGGAACAGGUGCUACGGCCGUCCAGAUUAUACCAGAGCUUGCAAAAUGGUCAAAACAGCUCGUCGUCUUUCAACGCACACCGUCGUCGUGUGAUGCACGCGGUCAGCGAGCAACGGACCCUGAGGAAUGGAAGCAGAUUGCCGAUGGGAAAGGCUGGCAAAGGCGGCGUAUCGAGAACUUUAACCACUUUCUUCGAGCGGAACCACUUGAAGUCAAUCUUGUCAAAGAUGGCUGGUGCGAGAUGCCCAGUUUUAGUGCAGGGGCCGGAUCAACACGCAAAGGCAAGAUCCAACCAGAUGGUGUCGAGGCACAUGUCAAGGACUUGAACAUUAUGGAUCUUCCUAGGGCACAAAGGUUGAGAGCUCGCGUAGACAGCAUUGUGCACGACAAGGACACGGCAGAGAAGCUAAAGUCGUGGUAUCCAACAUUCUGCAAGAGACCGACGUUUCAUGACGAAUAUCUGCCAGCCUUCAAUCAGCCGAACGUCCAAUUGGUAGAGACGGCGGGUUUCGGUGUUGACGAGGUGACUUCUCACUCAGUUAGAGUUCAUGAUGUCGAGUAUGAACUCGAUCUCCUCGUCUUCAGCACGGGCUUCAGGACCGCACCGACUAGGAAAACACAUACGCCAGCGCGGAAUUGUGACGUUGAAAUUAUCGGACGCAAUGGCCUUAAUAUGAACCAGAAGUGGGAUGCGCAAGGACCAUUAACUCUCCACGGAUGCUGCACCCAUGACUUCCCAAAUCUCUUCUUCACUGGACUUACUCAGAGUGGUGCUGCGUGUGAGUAUUCCUCGAGCAUUCUAUAUCAAACGCUGAUCCUCGAAGGCAAUUUUUCGUACAUGCUGAAUAACCAUGCGGAGCACGUUGCGUUUCUCAUUCAAUCAGCCCGCAGCCUUACGCAAUCGAACAGAUGCACGGUCGAGCCUUCUGUGAAAGCAGAAGAGCAAUGGGCGGACGAAACCGCCAGCUUGUCCAACUGGUUCGCUUCCUGGGGUACUUGCACGCCUGGAUACUGGAACAAUUAUGGCACGCCGAUUACAAGGGUCGACGAGAUGAAGAGAGCUGCCAGAAGCGCGCCAUGGGGAUUUGGUAGCCAAGAUUAUGUUGAGCGCCUCGAGAAAUGGCGCGCAUCGGGCGGUCUUCAAGACCUUGUUGUCUGUAGCUAG